AGUCCCCGCUGCCCGUGCAAGACCAGUUUUGAAGCGCCCCAGAUGGGUUGCUCUUGUUGCCUCACAACAAGCGAAACUCAAUUUGGCAAAUCCAUUCAGUCCUCUGAAUGAUAGCUUUCGACCUAGGGGUUUAUGGUCGUGCAAUCGCGAUCGACCAUUAUUGUGUUUGCCGAGCCGCUUUUGUACUGGUUCUCAUACACAGCCCUCGAGGCUGAAUGAAUGUUGAUUCCCAAUCAGCUCCGCGGAAUCAUCACGCGCACGAUGCUUGUAUGGAUUUGCAUGAUUUCGUUGUGCUAUGAUAUUCCCCUAAAUUUGGCCUGGCCUUGGUUAAAAUACGCCGCCUCUUCAUCGAGCAGCUCCAUAACCUUUUGCCCAACCGCCUCUCACAUCCCUAUCCCUCACCACUUUUCUCAUCCUAAACCUACGGAACACUUAUAACAGAGGCUUCAAACCAUUAUCUUGGAGGCCAACAAUGCGUUAUCUGAACUUCGUCAUCAACCACGUGUUCAUGCCACCUAGGCUGCCUCAGAAGGCGGACAGGCCAGAGUGCAUAGGUGAUCUUCUGUCGACCGUCUACGACGCAAUCGAGAUUUACAGGAAGAAGUAUGCUACGCCCGAGCACGAAGCGCUGUGGGGCGUUCUGUCAAAAAUGGUAGAUACGCUGCGACAGAUUAACGAGCGCCCGGCGGGUGGGAUCCGUGAGUGUGUCGAAAGCAUGCAUCCCGGAGACACCAUCGCCAUUUUCAUUCGUGCCCAAAACGCGGGUGUUAUGAUGCGUUGUGGCGAGGAUAAUACGAUAUUCGAAAGUUUCGAAGUAUCACCAAGGAAUCAAGACGUAAUGGCCUGCACCGGAAAGCUUGUCCGUUCCUUUCCCGGACCUGCCAUUGCCGUUCAGAACGACAUCGUGCAAGAUCCGGCUUUUUCCGAAGAAUUGGCAGCAUUCCUAACUCAGAUGGACGGGGAUUCAUUGGAAGCCGCCCAGGUUAUGACCGAUACGACCCACCCCCGAUACAUAACAGAAUUGCUGACCGGGGUGCUGUAUGGACUAGGAAAGCCUGCAGAUAUUCCUCGUAUCCGGAAGAGGACGUCGGAUGACGUCUUGUGGGAUAGUGCUCACCUCCCAUGGAGGCGUAGUCCCAUCUGGCUCGUCGUUCGUGUCGCCUUGCAAACUACGAUUCACCGAGAAACUUCGAGCAUGAAUGAAUACAAGUCGUUUAUGGUGUUCUUUCUGGCUGAGAUUUUGCGUCUUGGUGUCAAGGAGUCUUUGCCAGGUCACCUCCUUUAUUGCAUGCGUGCUAAACUCAGCCGUCGGCUCUUUAAAAUCCGGUCAUUCGUAGAUCCGACUCUUGUCACCGAUGUCCAUGAGGUCGUUGUUGAUACUGAACGGCUUCUCCAAGAGCGAUGGAAGGCUGUUCAAGAUGCGCAGGCGCGAGCACCGGAGUGGGCGCCAGACGAGUUAGAUGUGGUCGGGGAUACUAGCCUCACCCUGACAAACGCCGGGUCCUACAUCAGUGCUGCUCUUGCCCCAAUGGCAGCUGAUGAUGCCAACGCUGAAUUUUCCCCGGACCAUUACCCACGGCUAUGUGAUCUUCCCUUCGAAGACUUGCCCAGAAAUCUUCAAAAGGCCGUGGAUGCCGAUGGAUACAUUGCGUUGUGGGAUUUCGAGUGUUGUGUGCAGGAUCGCAUCGACAACUGGGUGCACUUUCAUACUCGCCCAGUCAGUCGCGAAAAGGCCUGCGGCAUACUAUCUGAUUGCAUGACGACGUACGCUCAAUACGCGAGCAAACUGUAUGCGCGGGUUCCGGAGCAACAGUCGGUCAUGCUGCUCACUCUCCUUGAACUUUGGAGGGCCCUUGAUAUUGUGGCGCUGAAAAGCUGUCCUCUUUUAAACGACUAUUCUCCCGAGAUUCCCCUUACUCUUUAUGAGGCGCUCCUACUUCGGAAGGCAAAACCCCUGGAACGCAUCUUCAGUAUUCAGAUGUAUCUACGCGAUCGCUACCGUAAAGCUGGUCGUAUUCCUCGAUCGGUUUUCUCGGAGGUCAUCGACGACAAGACCUUCGCAGUCAAAUUCUUUAACUCGUCUUUCCUACUCCAGGAACUGAAGUUGCGUAUAGAGGAGCAAGCAAGGGCGAAGCGAUGUCAAAAGCUUGAGGAGCUUGAGGAGUUGAAUCGUGAACACGGAAGAAAGAUGGAGCUUGCACGAUUUGAGGCUGGGUAUACAAACUCCCUUGAUCACAGCUUUGUCAGCGAUACGAAGCACGAUAGUAAUUGCCGAAAAUGCCGAUACGAACGGCAGGCGGAAGCUAUGACGAUAAACAUUCAUGAAUGGCCGCUUCCGGAGGAUCAGAUGCGGGCCGAAAUUGCUGUGUUCGAACUGGCAGUUCCUCAGGUUUUCAAGACUUGGAGGAGAACGACAUAUUGGCUUCUCUACGAUAUCUGUACACCCCCUCUCCAUCGGGAAAAAGUAUCCCCAUCAACGACUCUAGAAAGUUAUGCUUCUCUCAAUAGUCUCUCCGAGUUCCUUGCCGCUGACUCCCAACGCCGUAUCUCAUUGGCAUCCCAAGAGAAAUCCUUCUUGAAGUCCCAUUAUAAAGUCGUGAAAAUCCCAGCCGAUGGAGAUAAGGUCUGCCUCCGGAACGCACUGUCAUAUCGACUAUGGGACGAAAGUGAGGAGACUUGGGUACAUCCUCCAUCUGAAAACUCCAGUCUUGGCCAUAGGACGACCACACAGACAACGCUACUGUCACCUUAUCUUUCCUUGGAGCGAUUUGGGAAGGGAACUUUCCACACUUCAAAUGAUAUUCUUGCGAGCCAGCAUCAAUGUCCACAGUCGCUCAGCCUCCACGAGUUCAUUGCAUUCGGAUCGUUGCGCGCCGGGGCUCGGUUACAAUGGUACAAUAUCGCUCGAGAGAUCCCCUCGAGAAACCUCAGUUUCAACCGGGAGGAAGUUUAUGACCUUAUCUCUCGGGCCGCGUGCCAAAUUGGCUGUGUUUCCGAUGACGGUGUCUGGGAGUGGCAUGCGUGUCUGCAAGAUGAGCGGUUUGGUGAUGUGUUGUUGGACGUCCUUGAUCAGCUAGGAACGGACAUCGAAGGGAACUGGAACCAGAGUGUCACGGUACUGACGAUCAAUGCUCUAGUUUCUCGACUGUUGACUUCAGUCGUAGAGGGAUCGGUCGUUGACAAAGCGUACAGACUGCUACGGAAGAUCCGGGACAUCACUAUGUGCUGGUUGCAUGAACUUACUGCGCUUCAGUCGGAAGUUGAACGUGAAUCCGAACGGGACAAAUAUCAAACAGCAAUAUGCCGAACAGCUGCGACUUGUAGGAGUACUUUUGACGUCGAUCCAUUCCAUGCUGGUCCUUUGCUUCAGACUUCAGAGGAUGUCGCCAUUUUCAUCGAAUGCGCUAUUAUUGUCCAAAACUAUUCUCCCAAAGACAUUUCCAGUGCAGAUCCCCAUCUGUAUCAAUUGCUUCUUCAAGAUCAGCGUCUAGCCUGCAGCAUGGAGGAACUCCUACUUACCCGAGUGCUCGAAAGGGAAACCAUGCAGGGUAUUAGCAGCGCGAUGAAAAGCAUUUGGAGCAGCUUCCACUCGACAUGUUCCUGGAGAAGGUUGCCAGAACCUAAUGAUCGCUGGUUGACCACUACCGUCGUCGGUGAACGAGCUCAGGCCGUCUACUUCAACGUAUUGAGUGGCACUUUGCUCAUUGAUGGAGAACUACUUGGUCGAUUGCCACCUGAAAUGGUGGGGCAUCCGAUGUAUAAAGAACUUUUCGGUGAGAAAAACUUGGAUGUUGUGCCCUCGGAUAUGAUCGGAAUGAAAUAUGUUACUAGAGCCAGUGUAUCCUGUGCGGAAGAUGGUCGCCAGAUAAUUCAUUUUGCUUUGCGAGAUAAGGAACUCAUUCUGCGAAGUAGAUUCCCCACGCUUGGUGGGGAGAACUGCCGGGUCUCGGAGUUACUACCACGCAAAAUUUUUAAGGAUGACCUCCCGUCUAUUCUAGUCGAUGAUUGUCUUCACUGGUUGGAAUUAUCUACAUGUCAAGUUGAGCUGCGGCCUAAGGAAGCACCCUGGAGAUCUUCGUCAUCAAAUUGGUACUUGCGCCGUAAUACGUGCUUUUCGUGGACCAUGGAUAAAGAACCCUCCAUCGAACUGGUUGACUGUCGAAGCCGCACGGCGGAAAUGAUUUGUGCCAUUCUCCGACCACUGGAUGCUUCAAACAACGUUCUCAUCAUGAGGUCGUCAAUGCAUGAACUCCUAGUCAAUCUUCCCCGGCUCCAGCUUUCCUUCACCCUGAAAGGCGGGAGGCUCUGUUCACUGGACAUCCCAGGCUUCGAAAUAGAUCAUGAGAAUCAAUCAACAGGAACCAUGCUGGGCCUUCGGAGUCAACUUGCUCUGCGCCAGAGUGGGGAUCGGCUAGCUCAUGUCGCAGAGCCGGGUUAUUCUAGGCGUGUUAUCAUCCCCAUAGGACGUGCAUUGAUCACAGGAGAUGGCGAUCACGUUGCUGUUACCAUCGAUCACUCAGGAUCGCGUCGUGUCCAUUAUUGUGAUUUUGAUGUCGAUACCUUGCUCGGCCGUUUGGUCGGAGACGGGAGCUUAUUUAGCACGCUGUUCCAGGCGUACCUUCAUGCCAUUACCAGUUACUGCCUGUCCGAUCCACUCACAUUUGUGUCGGGGAUCGAGGAAGGGCUUCAAAUCCUUCGCUCGGCGCGUUGCAAAUCGUUCCAAAGCCUCAACGACCCGGAGCGUGAGCUUCUACAUCAAUUGUCGGCGUUGACACCAUCAAGGAAUUGGUAUCCUCCACAUCUACAGGUGAUGCAACAAACAGCCUGGAACAAAGCGCUUAGUCCCAUUGUUCAACACGAUGCCUUCUGGAGAGAAGCUCAGUCAAUAAUAAUGUGGGGUGACCAGAUGCAGCUCUUCUAUCCUGUCGUGAGCAUCGGUGACAGGCACGAUACGAGACAACCCCAUCUACUAUCUCGAGCGGGUUACCGCAACGCGGUCUGGUACGGUGCUGGCGUUCCACGGGAUGUGAGCGUCGACACGGUGUACGAGUCUCGGGACGCUGCAAACGGACUUGACGUCACUAGGAUUCGUGAUACGGCAAACGUUUCUAAGGUGUGCCAUUGUCCUCAUCCGCUAAAGACCCCGGACAAUCUAUUAUCUCACAUCAAAUCAUGGAGAGAAGAAAUCGUGGGCUGUUCGACUGACGACUCGUCGGGUGUACGUCUGGGAUAUAGCAAAGAAUGGCUGUCUUUGAACAUGCCGAACACAUGGAUUCCUUUGUACGAUGCUUGUCGAUCGGCUGGGUGGGUGAACAUCCUGUUCAAAGCGGCUUUCAGUUUUUCAGCAAUGGAGUAUUCUGGUCAUCAGUCCAAAGAACUAAUCUCUGCCUUUCUCGCGUUCGCACGCUAUCCUGAGUUCUGUUCCAUCAAUCCACCGUCAUGGCCGCGGUACAAUUUCACGAUGGGUUGCAUAGCGUCUGCGUCGCAACUCAAUAGUGCCGUCAUGGAGUUCGUCACUCGUUUCGAGGACACACAGACCUACCAUACAUCACUUUCUGAGGGCAUUUUUGGUCAACGCCUGAAGGAAUACCGCGCCCAAGUAUCUUCUGAGGUUUCGUCAUUCGUCGCAAAUUUAACUGACCAAUGGGAUCAUGGGCCCACGAACGAACCGAUCUUGCCGAGUACACGGGACAGCAAUCAACACCUGAUCGACACCUCGCUUGCCAUGGUUAGAGUGACAGAGCUGUUCCAAUCAUGGUUCAGAAACUGGGAACUGUGCAAUUACAUCCGGCAAGUCCAGAGGGUUUUGGACAAUCGUCGGGCUCAAGAUGCUCCGGCGCUGCCUAUAUACUCGUUCCGGACCUCUUUGCGAGCGGAAGAAGUGCGACCAUCCUUCGUGUCAUACUGCGAUGUGUUUCUUCGGCAACCUCCAAGCCCCGCGCCUCCGCCUUUCAGAGCGCCCUUAGACCACGACAAUAUCAAGAGACUCGUUUCGACUCUUCAUUCCUCUGCAGAUCCACUGUUUCGAAGGUACGGAAAUUACCUCACAUCUAGCUGGGAUGCUCUGCAGAAUGUCGGCGUGGGGCCAGCGGAAAUCCUUCAAGAAGACCAAUUUCGCCGCGCUCAUCAGAUGUGCGAAACCCAUCUCUCCUGCACUUUGGAGCAAAUCAAACAAGCAAUGGAUCCAGAUGCUAGCCUUGAGGCACCACAAGAGGUCAUGCGAGUCGCCGGACUCUGGCCGAAGACCACUAUUCGCUCGCUACUGUGCCACCUAUCAGCCUCACCGCACUCAAGAGUUGACCUUGCCCUUGGGUGGAAAAAUGCCUUCGUUUGCCUUGCCCAUUCCAUACUGCUUUUGCAGCGGUGGCAGAGAUUGAUUAGAUUAAGACACAAACCUGAUGAAUUCUUGAAGGAGUAUCAAAAUAAUACUGAUUUACGUGACAUUUCGGAUAGAUUAGACUGGUUGUUGGUCCAGAUUGACUCCAACUUUCUUAUUCGUCCUGUUCAAGUUGAGGUUGCACGCAACAUGAUGUUUCCUCGAUUGCAGGACAACACUAUCUUUCAACUUAAUAUGGGGGAGGGAAAGUCGUCCGUUAUCGUUCCGCUGAUUGCCACCUCUCUGGCGGACGGACAAAAAUUGGUGAGAAUCAUCGUACCGAAACCUUUAGCGAAUCAAACGUUCCAGUUGCUGGUCCGGCGCCUGGGUGGCUUGGCCAAUCGGCGGAUAUAUUGUGCACCCUUCUCCCGUGCCAUCGCCGUAAAGGAUGAGCUACUCCAAAGGAUGUAUCAUGAAUGCAUGCAGACUGGUGGUAUAUUGGUCAUGCAGCCUGAACACAUCCUGUCGUUCAAGCUCAUGGGCAUAUAUCGACAAAUCUCCGCUAAAGCACCGGACAACAUCGCACCAAAUACGCUAUUGGAAUUACAACGAUGGCUGGAUGCCAACGUUAGGGACAUUUUGGACGAGAGUGAUGAAAUCCUAGCGGUCAAGUACCAACUCAUCUAUACAUUCGACGCCCAGGAGCCUCUAGAACAUUAUCCUGACCGAUGGACCGUGGUGCAAUAUGUUUUUUCUGUCUUGAGUGGCAACACUCAAAUCCUUGAGGAACUGGUUUCUCAUGGAGGCAUCGAACUUGUGCAACGACGAUGCGGAUGCUUCCCUCGCCUUCGCAUUCUCAAACGCGAAGCUGGAGAUAAACUUAUACACGCACUUGUGCAUGGAAUAAUGACGGGGGGAUCUCCGGAUUUACCGCCACUGAGGCUGCUUCGUGGUAGGCUGCGGCAAGAGGCAAUGGCUUUCAUCAGCGAAAGGUAUCCCGGAGAGCUCCAUGAAUUGCGAAAUCACUACCAUGGCAAUGGUCACAUAUGGAACACUCUGCUCCUGUUGAGAGGCCUUUUUGCGUACGGAAUACUCGCAUACGUUCUCGCUGAACGAAGGUGGCGAGUAGACUAUGGACUCGAUCUCACACGGUCACUUCUCGCAGUCCCUUAUCGUGCAAAGGAUGUGCCUGCACCAAGGGCGCAGUUCAGUCACCCGGACGUCUGCAUUUCGCUGACAUGUCUCAGCUAUUACUAUGGCGGUUUAUCUCAUGAUCAACUGGAUACGUGCUUCGAACUUCUUCAACAACUGGGGGAUCCUGAGACAGAAUAUUACAGGUGGAUAAAAGACAACUGCUUGGUGCCUCAGUUCCGGGAUUACAGCAGUUUCAAUCCAGAUGAUCACAGACAAAAAAUAGACCAUCUCUAUCCAGCUUUUGAGAGAAACCAGGCGACAAUAAACUUCUUCCUCUCUCAUGUUGUUUUUCCAAGGGAGGCCAAAACGUUCCCGCAAAAACUUUCCACAUCUGGUUGGGACAUCGCCGAACGGAGACAACAUGUAACCACAGGGUUCAGUGGGACGAAUGACAAUCGCGACCUCCUCCCCACUUCUGUUACGCAAGAUGAUAUCCCCACGCAAUCAAGCACGAAUGUGGAGGUGUUGGAUCUUAUCUUCCGACCGGAGAACAAUCAUUACCGAACUGCAGACAGCAGCGAAUUUCUGGACCUCGUCGUUGAGGAAACUCCUCAAAUCCGAGUUCUGUUAGAUGUAGGCGCUCAAAUUUUGCAGUACUCCAAUAAGGAACUGGCAUCGAUGUGGCUUUCGCGAAUCUCAGAGGCAGACGCAGAUGCUGCGAUCUUCUUCUCUGAUGAUGACGAGAUCCACGUUAUCAAGCGCGAUGGAGAAACGGAACGAUUUAUUUCAUCCUCAUACAGAUACCAGCUUGACCGUUGCCUCGUGUAUCUUGACGACUCCCAUACGAGAGGCACUGAUUUGAGAUUGCCCAUUAAUUAUCGCGCAGCAGUUACAUUGGGUCCGAAAGUGACAAAGGAUCGAUUGGUUCAGGGAUGUAUGCGAAUGCGCCAGUUGGGGCGGGGGCAAUCUGUCAUAUUCUUCGCACCUCCCGAUGUGGAUCGCGCAAUUCACAGGGUCUCUGCCAAGGAGAGUGAAGGACAAAUCACUGCAUACGAUGUCGUUUUUUGGUCCAUCACUGAGACAUGUGCAAGCCUACAGCGCUAUAGCCAUCACUGGAGAGAGCAGGGCGUUCAUUACACUGACAGGCGAUGCGCAUGGGAAACGUUUUGGUCAUCUGGUGCCAGUGAUACCUCCGAGCUGAAGAAGUAUUGGUUGCAACCCGAGUCGAAGUCUCUAGAGGAAAUGUAUGGACCCGUCUCGCCUUCGGCAAAAUUGGGACAGGAAUCACCCCACCACCCGGAAGCUGACUGCAGAGAAAUCGAGGAGAGGAGUCGUCCAUUCUCAUUCUCUAGGGAAAGUGGGCUAGCAAGACUAGAAGAAGAGGAAGAGCGCGAGCUAGAGCUUGAUCUUGAACGAGAGCAACAGAUUGAGAGACCACGAUAUUUACCCCCUGCCGUUCAUCGUCUGGACGACAGUGUCGUCUCAUUUGUGCGGAGCGGUCAAAUCCGGCAAAAUUCCCCUCCUUUUGUCUUGCUUUUCUCCUCAGUCGUGGUUCCAAUCCCACUCUCACAGCAAAGCACUAGAUGGUCACGGAACCUAUUUGCAACCAGAGACUUCGUCACCACCAUCAAGGGUUUGGGCACAAAGGACAGCAUCGAGUUCCUUCGACCAGUCAACUGGAUACUGUCUAGUAACCGCGACUCGACGCUUGUAGUUUGCAGCCCUUUUGAGGCGAACGAGUUACUCCCUGAAAUUCGUGGCAGCUCCAAUACUACACUGCAUGUGUACUCCCCAAGAACGGGUCAGUCGAUGAAGUCUUUCGAUGACCUCAAAUUUUACACGAUUCCUUCACGGACGACUUGGCCACACCCUGAAAGUCUCACGAUUUCGCAGCUCAAUAUAUUUUCAGGGCAGUUAUACUUCAACGACUUCCAUACAUAUCUCGAAAUUUGCAAUUUUCUGGGAGUGAAUACUACUCAUGACGAAGGCAACGAGAUAGCAACAGAAGGCGAUGGCUUCAUCCUACCUAAAAACCGCACUGGGGAGACGAGUUUGGUCUGUCCAUUCGAUAUCAGCCCUCUGCCAUUCAUUAACAGGCUAACAAGUGCCCGGAGGAAAGGGAUGCCCUAUACGUCCACUCAUCUUGGGCGAAUUGUGAAAGGAGCGUUUGUGCGAGAGGAAGAAUUUUGACAGAAUAUGUACUACUAAUUCUCACUUUCUCCAGUUGUGUUAGAUCAACAUUAACAAUACGCAGGAAUGGAUCCCGUUAGAGGAACUUAAGGGAUGAGGUUGACGACCACCCUAUCCGUGACCCUCUCAGUUGACGUGUACUCCGUAGCACAUUUAUAUAUAUACGUUGAGCUGUCACCGCUAGGAAGAACAAAUGCACGAGUAAGAUAUAAGAUAUAGGGGAGAGUUAUCUAAUGGGCUCGAUGGGAUGGUCAUCAUUCGACUUGUGCGUUCCGCCAGCAGCACACAACCCGCUCGAGAGUAGAAUG